AUGGACAAGCGAACCGUUGGCUGCUUGGGCGGAGGGCAGCUGGGCCGAAUGAUGGUCUACGCCGCGCACCGGCUGGGAGUGAAGAUGUGCGUGCUCGAUCCGCUUGGGGAGAAGUCUCCCGCCGGGCAGGUCGCAGAGAUGUCGGUCAUGGGCAGCUUCCAGGAUGCCGACAAGGUUCGGGAGUUGGCGAAGAAGUGCGACAUCCUCACUUUGGAGGUGGAGCACGUCAACGCGGAGGUGCUGGAGGAGCUCCAUCAGGCGGGCGUUCCCGUGCAGCCUUUGCCCUUCGUGGUGAAGCUGAUCCAGGACAAGUAUGUCCAGAAGGUGCACCUGCAAAAGCAUGGCGUGCCCCUGCCCGACUUCGAGAAGGUCGAAACCGAAGCUGACUUGCACAGCAUCGGCGAGCGAUUUGGCUACCCCAUGAUGCUGAAGAGCCGAUACGGCGCCUACGACGGGAAGGGCAACGCCGUCGUGCCGAACGCGCAGGGCAUCACGGCAGCCUUCGAGAAGCUUGGCGGCAAUGUCGGCAAGAAGCUUUACGUCGAGAAAUGGGCUCCUUUCAAGAUGGAGCUGGCGGUCAUGGUUGCCAGAGGAGUGGAUGAGACCAUGAACGUCACCAUGCGCACCUACCCAGUGGUGCACACGGUGCAGCGGGACAGCGUUUGCUUCACUUGCCUCACCCCGCCGGUGGGAGUCACGCAGAAGCAGCAGGAACUGGCGCAGAAGAUCGCCACGGACGCCAUCAAGAGCUUCGGCGAUGCCCGAGGCAUCUUCGGCGUGGAGAUGUUCCUUCUCGAGGACGGGUCGGUGCUCCUGAACGAGAUCGCGCCCAGGCCACACAACACCGGCCACUACACCAUGGAAGCCUGCGGCGUCGACCAGUUCGAGCAGCACCUGCGCUGCGUCUUGGGCCUCCCCCUAGGUGACUGCCAGCUCCGCGUCGGUGGUGCCAUGAUGGUGAACAUCCUGGGACAGGGUGAGACCCCCGAGAUGGUGACGAAGACCAUGGCGCCCCUAAGGCAGGCGCUGAACGUGCCGGAUGCCGGCAUCCACUGGUAUGGCAAGGAGGGCUGUGUGAAGGGCCGGAAGAUGGGCCACAUCACCGUGACGGGCUUCACGCCGGCCAGUGCCUUGGAGCAGAUCCGACCUGUCUUGGUGGCCUUAGAUGGCGACGACGCCGCCGACAAGAUGGAUGUUCCCAGCAAGCCUUCGCCCAGCGUGGGCAUCAUCAUGGGCAGCGACAGCGAUCUUCCCACCAUGAAGGAUGCAGCUCAGGUUCUCAGUGACUUCGGCAUCCCCUAUGAGAUCAGCAUUGUCUCGGCCCACCGCACGCCCGAAUACAUGUAUGAGUACGCGACCACCGCGGAAGCCCGAGGCAUCAACGUGAUCAUCGCGGGCGCCGGCGGUGCCGCGCACUUGCCCGGGAUGGUGGCAGCCCUGACGCCCUUGCCCGUGAUCGGCGUCCCUGUGAAGUCUUCCACCCUCAGUGGCAACGACUCGCUGCUGUCCAUUGUGCAGAUGCCCAAAGGCAUUCCCGUGGCCACGGUCGCCAUCGGCAACGCGGCCAAUGCCGGGCUCCUGGCCGUCCGUAUCCUGGGAGCCGCCAACCCAGGACAGAGGCAGAAGCUGGGCAGGAAGAUGUCCCGCUACAUGGCCAAUGAGGCGGCGGCUGUGGAGAAGAAGCGCCGGCAGCUCGAGCAGCAGGGCUGGCAAGCGUACCUGGCCGUCGCCAAUGGUGUCAACGGCGGCCUCAAUGGUGCACGAUCUUCGACAGAAGCCACAGUUACAGCCCUGAAUCAUAGGAGUGCAGAUGCCAAAGCACCGUUUGCGAUCGUGCAGCUGAACAGGAGCCGCGGACAUCACUUCCCACUCGGGCAGUUCACGUGUGGGAUUAGGUGCAUGUCCACUUUUCUGCUCAUUCUUGGGGGGGGCCAUCGGCAUAUGCUGGGCCCAAGCCAUUUCCUCGUGAGCGCCCGCCCGCCCGUCCUCUUCGAACUUUUUCAUCUCGAUACCGACGCCAUGGACAAGCGAACCGUUGGCUGCUUGGGCGGAGGGCAGCUGGGCCGAAUGAUGGUCUACGCUGCGCACCGGCUGGGAGUGAAGAUGUGCGUGCUCGAUCCGCUUGGAGAGAAGUCUCCGGCCGGGCAGGUCGCAGAGAUGUCGGUCAUGGGCAGCUUCCAGGAUGCCGACAAGGUUCGGGAGUUGGCGAAGAAGUGCGACAUCCUCACUUUGGAGGUGGAGCACGUCAACGCGGAGGUGCUGGAGGAGCUCCAUCAGGCGGGCGUUCCCGUGCAGCCUUUGCCCUUCGUGGUGAAGCUGAUCCAGGACAAGUAUGUCCAGAAGGUGCACCUGCAAAAGCAUGGCGUGCCCCUGCCCGACUUCGAGAAGGUCGAAACCGAAGCUGACUUGCACAGCAUCGGCGAGCGAUUUGGCUACCCCAUGAUGCUGAAGAGCCGAUACGGCGCCUACGACGGGAAGGGCAACGCCGUCGUGCCGAACGCGCAGGGCAUCACGGCAGCCUUCGAGAAGCUUGGCGGCAAUGUCGGCAAGAAGCUUUACGUCGAGAAAUGGGCUCCUUUCAAGAUGGAGCUGGCGGUCAUGGUUGCCAGAGGAGUGGAUGAGACCAUGAACGUCACCAUGCGCACCUACCCAGUGGUGCACACGGUGCAGCGGGACAGCGUUUGCUUCACUUGCCUCACCCCGCCGGUGGGAGUCACGCAGAAGCAGCAGGAACUGGCGCAGAAGAUCGCCACGGACGCCAUCAAGAGCUUCGGCGAUGCCCGAGGCAUCUUCGGCGUGGAGAUGUUCCUUCUCGAGGACGGGUCGGUGCUCCUGAACGAGAUCGCGCCCAGGCCGCACAACACAGGCCACUACACCAUGGAAGCCUGCGGCGUCGAUCAGUUCGAGCAGCACCUGCGUUGCGUCUUGGGCCUCCCCCUAGGUGACUGCCAGCUCCGCGUCGGUGGUGCCAUGAUGGUGAACAUCCUGGGACAGGGUGAGACCCCCGAGAUGGUGACGAAGACCAUGGCGCCCCUAAGGCGGGCGCUGAACGUGCCGGAUGCCGGCAUCCACUGGUAUGGCAAGGAGGGCUGUGUGAAGGGCCGGAAGAUGGGCCACAUCACCGUGACGGGCUUCACGCCGGCCAGUGCCUUGGAGCAGAUCCGACCUGUCUUGGUGGCCUUAGAUGGCGACGACGCCGCCGACAAGAUGGAUGUUCCCAGCAAGCCUUCGCCCAGCGUGGGCAUCAUCAUGGGCAGCGACAGCGAUCUUCCCACCAUGAAGGAUGCAGCUCAGGUUCUCAGUGACUUCGGCAUCCCCUAUGAGAUCAGCAUUGUCUCGGCCCACCGCACGCCCGAAUACAUGUAUGAGUACGCGACCACCGCGGAAGCCCGAGGCAUCAACGUGAUCAUCGCGGGGGCCGGCGGUGCCGCGCACUUGCCCGGGAUGGUGGCAGCCCUGACGCCCUUGCCCGUGAUCGGCGUCCCUGUGAAGUCUUCCACCCUCAGUGGCAACGACUCGCUGCUGUCCAUCGUGCAGAUGCCCAAAGGCAUUCCCGUGGCCACGGUCGCCAUCGGCAACGCGGCCAAUGCCGGGCUCCUGGCCGUCCGUAUCCUGGGAGCCGCCAACCCAGGACAGAGGCAGAAGAUGUCCCGCUACAUGGCCAAUGAGGCGGCGGCUGUGGAGAAGAAGCGCCGGCAGCUCGAGCAGCAGGGCUGGCAAGCGUACCUGGCCGUCGCCAAUGGUGUCAACGGCGGCCUCAAUGGUAGCCUCAAUGGAAACCUCAAUGGCAAGCACUGA